AUGGAAUUAGACUUUAACUUUGAAGAGGAUCAGACAAAUACUAAUUUAGACAAUUACAAAGGAAUCCAUCACGAUGAUCCAGAACAAUCUCAAAAAUAUUUCGAUCAAGAAACUGGGGCUCAUUUUAAUUAUAAAGAGGCAUGCUCAAAACUUCAAAUUUUUAAAAGAAGAAUUGAAGAGAAGGAAAAUAAACCAAUCCUGAAACUGAGGAACAAAAAAUCCAAGUUUACCGUAAUCAGGAUUAAGCCAAAGAAAAAGAUCAGUGGAUUACAGGAAAAGUAUAUUACCAGUAAAGCAGAACAGCUUCAGCCCUUGUAUCCUCUUCAUUUGAAAUCAAACCAAGGGAAACUACUCUUCGAUCAAGAGAGGAAAAAGUCGCAUACUAGACCAGCUGUGCUCUCCAGCCUUGAUCAUAUUCAGGCUUUCAAAAAGAUCAAAAACAUUUCUGAUCUGAAGCCAAACUACAAAGAGAAAAUAAUUAGAAUGAAAAUGGCGAAGGGGAUAUUAAAAUAAGGAAUUUUCUCAUCUUGUCAAACAAAACAAAACGGGUUCAAAUAAAAUAAUGAGUACAUGUCAAUACCUCAAAAAGGGCAGUAUAUCUGACCAAAAGCAGACACCUCUCCGUACAAGGGAUACUUCCCGCAGCAAGUCAACCCAGUUAGAGCAGAUGAAAACCGUAAACGCAUUCCUUAUGAUGAAAGCUAAGGAGAAGAUGCUUCCCAAACUAUGCAAGAAGGACUCUAGGAACGUAAAAAUGCUAAAGAAAAGGAGUAACUUUCAGAGUGAAUUUCCAAAGAUUAAGACUAGAUCUUCUGAUAGUCAUCUUAGAGACACGAAUUCGCAUAAGUCUUUCCUCUUCUUCUAAAUGCAAUAUAAUUUUAAUGAUAGCAAGGAA